GAACUAAUAGAACACAAUAUGAUAGAAAACAAUACUUUUGAGCAGAUUUUGAGCACAACAUUACUUAAUCAUAUAGAACAAGGCAUCGACAGGUUAGUAAAAGAUCUAAAGGUAACAAUUGGUGCUG